AUGGGGCCCCUGGGCAAUAGGGGAUCAUGGGGCCCUGUGUCCUUGCCCAAACUCAAAAAAGCCUAUGAAAAAGGCACCAAGGGCAUCUCAUGGGGCCCCCUACUGACCCCGGGCCCUCGGGCAGUGCCUGAGUUUCCAAAUGGUCAGUCCACCCCUGCGCACCGUAUUCCUGUUCAAAUUGCAUGCGAUUCUUUGCAGUAAAAUCUAUUGCCUUCUGAAUGAUAUAUUUACUUGAUAUUUUUUAUUGAUGACGUUUUCCAGUGUUUUGGCAACCUGUCGCGGUUUCAAAUGAUUUU